AUUUCGUGCUCCUUGGUUUAAAUAUAUAUGUGUAGUUCAUUACCUGUUCUGAAGAACCUGUGUCCAAAGAAGCAAAGAAACAGGCCAAUUACACCAACUACUGUACACACAAUCCUGGCAGCAAGGUUAUCUACAAAGAAACAGGCCAAUUACACCUACUACUGUACACACAAUCCUGGCAGCAAGGUUAUCUACAAAGAAACAGGCCAAUUACACCUACUACUGUACACACAAUCCUGGCAGCAAGGUUAUCUACAGAGAAACAGGCCAAUUACAACUACUACUGUACACACAAUCCUGGCAGCAAGGUUAUCUACAAAGAAACAGGCCAAUUACACCAACUACUGUACACACAAUCCUGGCAGCAAGGUUAUCUACAAAGAAACAGGCCAAUUACACCAACUACUGUACAUAAUAUCCUGGCAGCAAGGUUAUCUACAAAGAAACAGGCCAAUUACACCAACUACUGUACAUAAUAUCCUGGCAGCAAGGUUAUCUACAAAGAAACAGGCCAAUUACACCAACUACUGUACAUACAGUCCUGGCAGCAAGGUUAUCUACAAAGAAACAGGCCAAUUACACCAACUACUGUACACACAAUCCUGGCAGCAAAGUUACAGUAUCUACAAAGAAACAGGCCAAUAACACCAACUACUGUACACACAAUCGUGGCAGCAAGGUUAUCUACAAAGAAACAGGCCAAUUACACCAACUACUGUACAGGUACAUUCAAUCCUGGAUACAAGGUAAUCUACAAAGAAACAGGCCAAUUACACCAACUACUGUACAUACAAUCCUGGCAGCAAGGUUAUCUCCAAAGAAACAGGACAAUUACACCAACUACUGUACAUACAAUCCUAGCAGCAAGGUUAUCUACAACCCACACAGAUAAUAUGGUCGCUCUCUUUUACAAAUCAUUUAAAUAUUUUGAUUUUAUCCAUGAUUUAGAGUUUUUAGAAAUCUUUGGGGCAACAUAUAC